AAGAACAAGGGGGAGGAGGAAGAAGAAGAAAAAGAAGAGAAGGGAGACCUUGACGAGAAGUGGUCGGUCUCAAUCGACUUGACAUGAGGAUAAAGUUGAGGCUUAGGAUAAACUAACCACUUCUGUGCGCGUUUUUGGGAGUGACACAUCAGACCAAGGAACCCGAGAAAGCAAGACAAGAGGAAGCCGUCCAGAAUUCAAUGGGCGAAAAUGCUCCGUUGGCUGUCAGUGAAGUUCGUACUGCUGCUGGUCAUUGGUUGUUGCACUGUUGCUACCCUGCUAAAAAGUUCCGGUCGCCAAGAAGCGCACAGCGUCCUCAAAUUGAUGAGCAACCACUCCAAUGAAACAGUGGCGGUGACGCAGAGGCUCGGCGAAAACACGGAAGAACUGCACACAAAGACGGUUCAGAGCAUAGAUCUGCGGCAUAGAGACAAGAUCAUCAAACAUCUGACAGGUCCUCUUUAUGUCAACCCAAAGUGCAGGAGUCACUUUCAUAGACUUUACCAUGUCAAGGACUGUGUGGUACCAGCAUAUUUUAAAAGAUGUGCUCGUCUACUGACUCGACUGGCCAACAGCCUUCAUUGUGCCGAGAGGUGAACACUGGAAUGGUACAUAUUCAUCUACAGAGGUGCUUCCUAACCUCGCUAGCUAAAGGCAACUCAUCCAGGCACCUUUCUCAAGCAUUUGUAGCUUUUGAACAAUCCUAUCCUCCAAAUAUUUUCUGUCAUCUAAAUUGGACAGUCCCAUACUAUUCUCUUCUUCUUUCCAGUUCAGUGUUAGGCACAAUACUGUGCUGCCAACAAGAGGCCGAAAGUGAAAUUCCAGCCAAAAAUCAACAACAAAAUUGCGCUAUGACGGUUCCCCCCAAAAUAAUAGCACGACUGUGAACUCAGAGGCCGAUGGAGGGGUUUUCGUUCAUGUGUUUUAGUAUUCCUUUUGCGAUCUUUUUGUUUGGUUGCAUGCCGUUAGAUUUUUCGAAUGUAAACUGAGUGCCUUGGCUUAAUAAAGGUUGGGAAACACUCAUUUACACAUCCUGUUCUCUUACCAUCCAUUGUCGGGGUUGCAACAUUUUCAUAAGAUAAUGUCACAUAUUAUAUUCAUGACAAUAUUCAUAAACCGAAACUCACAAGCAAGCUGUUUCAGUCACAUGUCUGACCACAGCAGGAUGUUACAUUUGCUUCAACAAAAAUAAUUUGUAAAUUAUGAAUAGUUGUGGUUGUACUAUAUUAUUGCAGAAUACCUCUGGUUGAUUUGUGAUUGGGUGGGUAAAGAUCACAGAAAGGGCCUCAACACUAACUUGUACCAAAACAGCAGAUGGUCAGGCGGUGCUGUUUUCUUCCUUGCUUGCAGGCGUGACAGACACAUGGAUUGGGGCCCAAUACAAAGCAGAAAACAUCAUUUUCCUUAAACAACUAAACUGCAGGGUGAACAUCUGACUUCAUGAAAAACAUUUGUCGCUUGAUUUAUCCAUAUUGUGAUUUCAUGAUCGUAUUGAACAUGAAUGAAUGAAUGAAUAAAUAUUUACACUUUAUAUUUGUACUGUUUUGAAAGUUUUAUAUACUCUAUGUUGCCGUUUGCACAUACUUUUUUUUUUUUUAUGUCUAAGCGUAACAUCAAUAAUUUUACUCCAGAAAGGCAUUGUGAGAAUUAAAAAUAAUCCUGCUCACGUGUUUCAUAAUUUAUAUACUUAGCUGCCUUUAAAAGGGUUUUUAACAUCAAAAGGAAAAGAACAGCACAAAAACGUCUCAGUCGUUUAUUCAGAUGGGUUUUCCUCAAUUCCCUCCGAAUAAAGCAAGCGUCAAAAUACCAUCACUUCUGGUGUGUUCUGCAACUGAGUGAUGUGACCUGCAACACAGUAAAUGGAAAUCAUUACUACCCAGACUAAAAAUGUUCUCAGAUUCAACACUGUGAAUUGAUUCCUGCUGUUCUGUCAUUUGUGAUUAAUUGGAUGUUGUGCUUGAUCUCUCAAGAAAUGUGCCGAGAAGAUUAAAAAUAAUGAUUAAGUAUUUCACAACGAACUGUGUGAGAUUUGGCUCAGUGAAUUUUAUUUCAAGUGUCAUGAUGAUUUAUCAUUUUUUAUUCUACGUUGUGUAAUAGAGCAUGGACUUUCUCCAAAAAUGUUGCUUAAAAAACAGAAUCACUUUCUGUGCGCCGUCUUCCUGUGGCUGGAGUGUUUUUUAUUUUUAAACUCACAUCUUCCUAUAACUUUACAAUCAUAUUUUAGAGCACAGGCGUGCCUUCCAUGUUCCUCUUCUUAAAUAGUGUGACAAGCUCUUUGCCCUCAUCCAGUGUACGUUGUUCACACACACCUUACAAUAUAAUCCGGGUGUGCAAUGAAGUCCGUUCGGGCAUCAAGGGUGACAACAUUCUGUCAGUUAGCUUACAACUGCGACAGGCAGAACCACAUUGCUGCACUCGUGUUGACUUUGGCUAAAGCUCUGUGUUGUUAUGGUGAACGUCUUGGAUCGACACACAGAAGCUCCUCCCAUCAUGAAUGUCCAGUUGGGAUGAUAUGUCCAAAGUCGCAAUCCCCAAACAAAUAAAUGUGAACGCAUGGAUAAAGUUGACAGCAACUGUUCUCGUUCUGUCCACUUUCAAAGUAAAUCAAUGCAAUGGGUAUUUGAACACAAAUGGUGGAGUAACACAUAUAAACAGACAGAAGAACUAUUAAAUUAUAUACAUACGUGCACACAAAUUAUUACGAUAUUUACAUUCUAUUUCAGUGUUACUCUUCUAUGUUAUUCUAAAGUACAAUUUGGGGGUUGGGAUUUUUUUUUCAUGAUUAUUGUUAUCACUGGUAUUUAUCACUUUUAAUUCUACUGUUGAGUUUUUUGUGCUCUCGUUAUAUUUUUAUGAUGGAGUAAUCAUCUGUAUGUCAUUGUAUUAUUUGUUCUGUGUAUUAUGGCGUAUUUUGUGUUUACUGCAGUGACGUGAAGUUUUCUUAUGUAUGUACCGUAGACAUUUUACGUUGGUUUUCACCUUGUUUCCGACAAUGAGAAGUAGACAUCUACUUGUAUAUGUAUAAGGGAGCGCGGCAAAAAGCGCGAG